GAAACUGACACAUGAUUACACAGCAAAAGCAAAGCAGAGUAUAACAACAAUGGCCCAACAUCUAGAAAUUUGUUCAGUCCCAAAUUGAAGCCAUUUCUUCAUUUGUUUAUAACAUUAAGUGGUGUCUCUCUUAUUCCCUAACAGUCUCAAGACAUGGGUAGAACAGGUCCAAAGUUGCCCAGCUUCUGCCUCAACAGGAUUAGGCCUCUUGUUCGAGUUCGAUCUCCACCUACUCAACAAAAGUUCCAAGUGAACUCUCUUAAAGCUGCUCAGAAACUUGAUGAGGGCCCUAAUGGCAUUGUUAAGGAUGAAAAAACUACAGAAACUGGAAUUAAACCCAGUUCGGGAAUUGGAAGGAAGAUCAUGGUUGUUGUUGACUCUAGCUUUGAAGCUAAAGUUGCUCUUCAAUGGGCUCUCUCUCAUUCUAUGCCGAACCAGGAUAAGCUAGUUCUCCUCCAUGUAAUCAAACCGAUUUCUAGAAAAGGAACAGGAACAGGGGAGCAGUUGAGCAAGGAGAAAGCUCCGAAGGCCUUUGAACUUGUUUAUUCUCUUAAGAAUAUGUGUCAAUCAAAGAAGGCUGAGGUGGAAAUUGAUGUUAGUGUGAUAGAGGGCAAAGAGAAGGGCCCAAGGAUAUUGGAAGAAGCAAAAAAGCAAAGCGUGGAUCUGUUGGUUUUGGGCCAAAAAAAGCGGUCGACGACAUGGCGACUUCUCAUGAUGUGGUCCGCCGGCCACCGCGCUGGGGGCGGCGUAGGCGGCGGUGUUGUGGAGUACUGCAUUCAAAACGCCACUUGCAUGGCCUUAGCCGUAAGGAGGAAAAACAGACGUGUAGGAGGGUACUUGAUCACCACAAAACGACACAAAGAUUUUUGGCUCUUAGCUUAAAACUGUAGAUAGACUACUUUAAAAAGAAAAAGAGAGAGAGAGAAGCCACAUAUGCAUAAUUUUUAGUUAUAUAUUAUAUAAACAUAUAUUUUUUAUGUUUUUUUUUAUGAAGAUGGAGAGUUCUAACCUUAUUUAUUUCUGAAUCAUGAAAUGAUCCAAUGUCAUUUUGUGUAUAUAAUAAAGUGUGGUGAGUGAAAUGAAUGAUGAUAUUUUAUAAAUAUAAAGCCUCUAUUAGGUUUGGUAUUA